AUGCUUUCAGGUUCUGGCUUGAGACAAACACUCAAAAGGAAGUUUCAUGAUGCCGGUGUAAAUAUAAACGACGAAAAACGUGUUAUAGACAGAAUGGCUGUACAUAUAUUAGAUUCUAGGGCGGAUAGCACAGUGGACAAAUAUACAUAUCAAGUAAAAGCGUUUAGAGAUUUCUGUACACAGAAGGGAUUUUUGUGCAAUCCCGCACAUUCCAUUCACGUAGCCAUGUAUCUAUCCAAUUUAAUCGAUAUUGGUAAAUCAGACAGUGUAAUUACAGCAGCAUUUUACGGCAUUAAAUGGUAUCAUAAUAUAAAUGACUUCGCAGAUCCGACAGAGAACGUUAUAGUAAAAUCUAUGUUAGAGUGUGCAAAGCGUACCAACUCUAGACCCAGGACAAAGAAGGACAUUAUAAGUUCUGAUCACUUAAAGGAACUGUGUAACAUGUUUUCAGAUUCAUCAGAUGUUAUUGUGCUCCGGGAUUUAACUAUGAUUUUGUUAAGUUAUGCAGGUUUUUUGCGUUUUGAUGAGGUCAGCAAUUUACGCCGUAAUGAUAUAAGUAUUAAGAGUGAAUAUUUGUCUUUGUCAAUUAAGAAAAGUAAAACUGAUAUAUACAGGGGUGGCAAAGAAGUUCUUAUUUCUAGAGGUCAAACUUCAGCCUGUCCGGUAACUAUGUUACAAAGGUAUUUAGACUGCAUCAAUGAGAAGUUUAAUUCUGAUUCUUACAUUUUUAGGCCUGCCUGUAGGUCACGUCAAAAAUGUUUUUUGAUUCAUAAAAAUAAAAAGUUGAGCUACACUCGUGCAAAAGAGUGUAUUGUUUCUAAGUUAAAGCUUGUUGCACCCGAUUUGCAUUUAGGAACGCAUUCACUGAGAGCAAGCGGUGCUACCACCGCUGCUAAUGCAGAAGGUAUUUCAGAUAGGUGUUUAAAGCGACAUGGUCGUUGGAAAUCUGAUUUGGCCAAAGACGGUUAUAUAGAUGAUUCUUUAGAGAAAAAACUUUUUGUUACUAAACAGUUAAAAUUGUAA